AAAAGAGCAGAAAGAGCCGUCUUCUUUCACAAGAUAAAAGGUUGCUUGACUUGGUUCCUCACUGGAGACAGUUCGGAUAAUGUUGUCAUCUGCAGUAUCUAUAGAUUUAAGAGAAGACAGAAGGGGAGGGUUCAAAAAGAUUUGAUUUUGUUUAGGUGGGGAAGGAGAGAGAAGGACGGGAGACAUAAGCCCACCAUGGCAGCUUAAUAUCUUCAUGUUCUAGCAAAGCAGCUGUCUUGGAAUAUUAUGAUCUUGUCUAUAUCCCCUUCUUAAGCUUAUAUAGAUUUCUGAUAUUAAUUUGUCCAUAUCUACCUUACUUCUUCCUCUUUGAAAGAAAGCUAUUCAUAUCUGAAACUUAUUUUGCUUUUUCUCCUCCUACCUUACUUACUUCCUCUUUUAUAGAGGCUAUUGCUAUUGAAAGGUUAAACCUUUGAGCUGCUUUUCCAUCUUUUCUGAAUUUGUUUCUCCUUAACAUACUGUCAAGCUUGCAUUUUUAUUUUUUUUAUUGUUUCUCUCUUGUGUAUUUUGGGUGCCCCCUUGGUUUCUGUCUUUCUAAGCAAGAGAAGAAGGAAACUGUGAUCAUUCUUGCUUUGGUUUCUGUCGUUUGGAUUUAUAAGAAUGGAAGAUUGAUGAGGGGAGGGUGAGGAGAGAAGAAAAUGGUUGUUGAGCAGCAGAAACGAAGUUCACAGGCAUGGGUUUAAAAUUGAAGAACACUAGCAAUCACCUCAAUAAACUGCUGAAGCAUAAUAACUAUGCUCUGAUUUCAAUAAAAUUUACAAAUCGAUGGAUAAAUUUUCGGAAAGAUGCAGCAGCAGAGAAUCCAUUAAGAACAUAAUGCUGAAGCAAGAAGAGAUCUUUAAACAGCAGGUCCACGAACUCCAUCGAUUGUAUCAGGUCCAAAAACUACUCAUGGCUGAGCAGAGAUGUAAAAAGGUGAAGGGGAACUCAUCUGUGGCCACUUCCAACCACCAAAUUGUAACAGAUAACAUUAACAAACUCCUGAGCAGAACUUCCUCAGAAACCACCCAUUCUUCUCAUGGCAGUGUCAGAAAUAACACUAACGUUCUGUUGAAUUAUGAACACGCUUCAGUACAUCAAUCUGUUGCAAUGGCAGCCAACAAUGCCUCCCGGGGGCAAGUCAAUAGCUCAAAACCUUCAAGAACAUCAAUGAAGUACAUUCAUCAAAAUUCGGUCGAAGGAGAAAGCCCAGAGUCAUGUUCUAAUGAAGAAAGCAAUCUUGAUCUAACAUUGAGAAUUAAUUGUGGAUGUGAUCAGAUUAAAAGCACAGAUUGGAAGGAGAUGACAGAGAGAUCAAAACAGUUGCUCUCUACUGAUUUGAAUAUAGAAGAGAGUGGACAGGAAUGCAUUAAUUCUUCAAGUGGAUUUGGUGCACAGAGCUUGAAGAGGCCUCAUUGGCUCUUCCAAGCAUUGAGUUUGAACAGAACAUGAGUUUUGUUUAAACAAUUUCACAACACUUAUUAGCCAUUAUUGUGCCAUGAAGUAUACACAGGUUGAAACGACAUACAACCUGUAUAUCAGUAGCCAAAUAUCAGUGUAAAACUUUUCUGAAAGAGGCUCUUCAUUCAUUCAGUGAGAGAUUGGAUUUUGUUAAUGAGAAUCAUUAUUAAUAAAGAAGGGUUUAACUCGAUUUUCUAACUGUAGAGUU